AUGAACGACACCCCAUGCAGUAGCGACAAUGACCACAUGGAAGAGAUUAAGAACAUCAGCAACAUCUUGCGGUGUUCCUCCUCAUCGUUGUUGUCACCACCGAAUAAUGACGACCAGCUCAUUAGACCGCUACUAGAGCAUUGGAGCCUUCUUGAGAAGGCAACACACCUGAGAUCGGGAGAGAGUGAGCGAGAGAGAGAGGGGGAGAGAUCAAGGGAGCGAGGGAAGGGGGAAUUGGGAGAGAGAUCUUGCACACAUUGGUAG